AUAGAAGAAAGAAACCCCACAUCCAAACACACCACCCUAUUCAUCCAUCCAAACACCAUAUACUUUAGUACAAAAAAGAAACAAACAAAAGAAUUUUUUCACAUAUUAAACAUUUCUCUCACUCACUCACUCACUCACUCACUCUUGCUAAGAGAAGUGUGCAAAGCUUUCUCUCAUCACAACUAUCAAAGUUUAUAAAGAAAAAAAAAAUAAAAUAGAAACUCCAUAUCCCACAAAACCCACAUGCUUCCUUAUUCUUACAAACCCUUUUCAUCAUCACUCCCACUACUACCAAUACCAUAUUCUCAUCUUCUUCAAACCAUUCUUUUAAACUUAGUUUAAAUUAUUCAUCUACUUCUUCUUUCUUUCUCUGAUCUGAGAUUUGUUCUUAGAAGAGAAAAUGAUUACACUAUUGGAUUUCUACCAUGUAAUGACCGCUGUGGUCCCUCUUUAUGUGGCAAUGAUUUUAGCCUAUGGUUCAGUAAAAUGGUGGAAGAUUUUCACACCGGAUCAGUGUUCCGGGAUAAACCGAUUCGUGGCGCUUUUCGCCGUUCCAUUACUGUCAUUCCAUUUUAUUUCAACAAAUGAUCCUUACCAUAUGAACUUUAGAUUCAUAGCAGCUGAUACACUUCAAAAACUCAUUGUUUUAGCUGUUCUUGGUGUUUGGUCUAAGGUUAGUAAGAGGGGUUGUUUGGAAUGGACUAUAACUCUAUUCUCCUUAUCCACACUCCCAAACACACUUGUUAUGGGUAUACCACUCUUAAAGGGUAUGUAUGGAGAUUUCUCAGGGAGUUUAAUGGUUCAAAUUGUUGUUCUUCAAUGUAUCAUUUGGUACACUCUUAUGUUAUUCAUGUUUGAAUAUAGAGGAGCUAAGCUUUUGAUUUCUGAACAAUUUCCUGAUACUGCUGGUUCAAUCGUGUCCAUACACGUGGACUCUGAUAUCAUGUCUUUGGAUGGUAGACAACAGUUGGAGACUGAGGCUGAGAUUAAGGAAGAUGGGAAACUCCACGUCACUGUUAGAAGAUCAAAUGCCUCUAGAUCCGAUAUUUUUUCUAGAAGGUCUCAAGGUUUGUCUUCGACAACCCCGAGACCUUCUAAUCUCACUAAUGCAGAGAUUUACUCUCUUCAAUCCUCUCGGAAUCCUACUCCGAGAGGAUCGAGUUUUAAUCAUACCGAUUUUUACUCCAUGAUGGCCGGUGGAAGAAACUCUAAUUUCGGUGCUAAUGAUGUUUUCGGUAUGUCUGCUUCGAGAGGUCCCACUCCGAGACCUUCAAAUUAUGAUGAGGAUAUUGGCGGUGGUGGUGGUCCUGUUUCCACCACCGCCAACAAACCAAGUAGAUACUACAGUCACCCGCAGCCUGGUGGUGCUGCGGGUGGUACUGGUACUACUACCACUACUACUUACCCUGCUCCCAACCCCGGGAUGUUCUCGCCAACCGGGUCAAAAAACCCGACCACUAAUGCCGCCAUUCCCAAUGCCACAAAGAAACCCAAUGGCACUACCGCAACCGGCCAAGUUCAAAAAGGCGAAGAAGGCGGAAAAGAUCUCCACAUGUUUGUAUGGAGUUCAAGUGCUUCCCCUGUAUCUGAUGUUUUCGGUAGCCAUGAAUAUGGUCCUCAUGAUCAACAAAAAGAGAUGAGACUAGCUGUUUCUCCUGGAAAAGUUGAAAAUCGUAGAGAGAAUAAUAAUAAUAAUCAAGAAGAGUAUGUAGAAAGAGAUGAUUUCAGCUUUGGAAAUCAAGGAGAGAUUAACACUAAUAAUAAUAAUAAUGAUAAUGAGAAAGGUGUUGAUGGAAAUGGAAAAGGGAAAAUAAUGCCACCAACAAGUGUAAUGACUAGGCUUAUUCUUAUCAUGGUUUGGAGAAAGCUUAUAAGAAACCCAAAUACUUAUUCAAGCUUAAUUGGUCUUAUUUGGUCACUAGUUUCAUUCAGGUGGAAUGUAAAAAUGCCAGCCAUUGUAGCUCAGUCUAUUUCCAUAUUGUCAGAUGCAGGACUUGGCAUGGCUAUGUUCAGUCUUGGUCUUUUUAUGGCAUUGCAACCAAGGAUCAUAGCAUGUGGAAAUUCGAUAGCAACAUUUGCAAUGGCUGUGAGAUUCCUUACAGGACCAGCUGUAAUGGCAGCUGCUUCCAUUGCUGUUGGCCUUAGAGGUGUUCUCUUACAUGUUGCCAUUGUUCAGGCAGCUCUACCUCAAGGAAUUGUCCCCUUUGUCUUUGCUAAGGAGUACAAUGUACACCCUGAUAUUCUUAGCACAGGGGUUAUAUUUGGAAUGUUAAUUGCUUUGCCCAUAACAUUAGUGUACUACAUUUUGUUGGGAAUAUGAAGCUGUGGAAAAAAGCAAAGAAAAUCACCAUUAUUGGCUGGCCUUUAAUUAAUUAUAAUUUCUCUAUUUUUAAUGUGGAAAAGAAAAAAAAAACAACUUUGCCAGCAAGAAAAUGAGUGAGAAAAAGAUCAAGAAAAAAAAUGAAAAAGAAAAUGAUAUAAUGUAUUCCAAGUUGGAAUUUUAACAAAAGGAAAAUUUGAGGUGGAAAAAAAAAUAGGACUGUAUGGUUGGAAGAAUGAGUCUUUUUCUUAUUAUGAGUUUUUUUUUUUUUUAAUAUUUUGGUAGUAGAAAAAUUUGUAAAAUGAUUAUGUUUGUAGUGAAUUAAUUUAUAAAAGGAGAAGAGAAUGUUUCCCUAUUUAUUAAUUUAUAUAUUUUUUUGUUUGU